AUUGGUCUCCCCACGGCCAGAGCCCGCUGGCCGCCCCUCGGCACAGCUGAUGGUGCCACCGCGCAGAGGGGACGCGUCCUGACCGUCGGCCCAGGGGAGCGGACCCCGGGGCAGAAGGGGCGAGGAGCGGCGCUCCCCACCCCGGGGCGCAGCAGCGGGGCCCCCGCGGGCGCUUGGCGCCGGUGGGUGGGCACGGCAGGGUCCUCAGCAUGACGGAAGAAGUGCCGGUGGCAUCCGACGUGCCUGAGUGCAACGGGAGCGUAGCCCCGGAGAAGGGCUCGCUGCCGGCAACCGGAGUCAUCGACGAGAGAGCCAAGCCUGUGGGGACACUGCCAUACCUGAACGCGGGCACCAGCCUGGCCACUCCACCUGCCAGAGGAGACCAGGAAGAGAAGAGAAACUCUUUGGCAGAGGACACAGUUCAGGAGCAUGGGGAUGGAGAGGAGCGAUGCAAAGAGAAGCCAGAGGAUGGUGGUGGGACACUGCAACAAGGAGCAGCUGACACCCAGGACACAGAGCUGGCUGGCCAGGAACCAGAGGAAGGCCUGGGCAGUGAGGAGACAUCUGUGAGCAGCGGGGAGCUGGGAUUGGCACCCACUCCUGACAGGGAGAUGGUGGAGCCCCCCAUGGCCAGUGCUGAUGGGAGAGGGAACACAACUGAGGAGGAGGAGGAAGCAGAGGAAGAAGAGGACACAGAAGAGGACGAAGUGCAGGUGAUUGACAUCAAGAAGGAGAACAGCGAAGCAUCCCACCUAAAACCACCCGACAGCAGCAAGGAGGCACCUCCCCCGACCACCCUUGGCUGCAGCCCCUCCCAGGUGGAGAAAGGCAUGGAGCAGCCCAGCCUGGGGAAGAAGAACGACAUCUCCAGACACAGCUACUCCAGGUACAACACAAUCUCCUACCGCAGGAUCCGGAAAGGAAACACCAAGCAGCGCAUCGACGAGUUCGAGUCCAUGAUGCACUUGUGAACUGAGGUGGGGCAUGGCCUGGCCACCUGGGUGGGGCACUCAGGUUUGGGGUUCUCUGUUGUCACCCCCUACCCCACCCCAACCCCAGAGGUACCUCCUCACACCAUGCCAGGUCACUGCUUCUCUCCUUUUUGUACAUGCUUUGGUGACUCCCCGUGACCAUGUAACACGUUGGCUGUGGAGCCAGGGCAGGGCUGGCAGCAGUGCCAGAGAAUAAAUAAUCCCUUUGCUAAAUCCAA